CUAGAGCUUUCAAUUGUAUUUAUGAGAACGCAGUUCGUAAUCGAGAACCUUGUAAUACAUUUCAAUGUGUAUUAAAAUUCAUAUAAAAUGAAAAGACUAAGCGAUGACGAACCUCCGAAACCAAAGGGAAGGUGGGCACGGCUGAUGCACAUGGUUGACGGCUCGAAGAAAAUACGAUACAGUUCGAUCAGAGAGGCACGCCGAGCUGUGCUCCAUUUCUUUAUCUAUAUAAUAUUUCUGGCACUGGCAUCAUUGGUGACACAGACAACCAACAAUGUUCCCAUGUACUAUUUAAACGAUGCUAUCCACAGGCAGAUUAUAGGUCGUCGGGUGCCCAUGGAGCCUGGAUUGAUUAGCAAAUAUUCGGAGAUCGACUCUUUGGAUAGGUAUUGGGACUUCGUUCUGUACACGUUUCUACCAUUGCUCGAUACAGGCGACUUUAGGUCGACUCAUAAAGAGUCCAUCUGGAAAUUCACCAAUGAGACAAAUCAGUUCGAUGGGAUCUAUGGCGACCUCUACCAUCGAGUCAUAAUGCAUGGAAUUGUGCUGCUCGGACCCCCACGUUUCAGACAGAUUAUGGUAGAGGGGGGUCACUGUAAAGAGUAUGCCCCCUUCUCCAAAUACAUGGAUACCUGUUAUGCUACCUAUACGUGGUCCAAUGAGCGCCGUACGGAUUACCGCGGUACCAAAUGGGUCAGCAUGUGGGAGGACGGUGCGAUGCCGAUCAUUGGCGAGAUUGAAGUCUAUUUGGGCGCCGGCUAUAUAACGAGCCUUAGCUAUGACAAUAAAUUGAACUUCCGCCUAGUUGAACACUUACGCGACACCAAAUGGAUCGAUCGCUCCACACGGAUUUCCCUAAUCGAGCUCAGUUUGUUUCACGUCAACACUCGCCUCUUCGAGAGCGUCAAGUUAAAGGUAGAGCGUCCAGCGACUGGUGGACUUGUACCCAGCUAUUCUUUGCGGUCAAUGCGACAGGAAACUAUAUUUACCGAUUCCAACUGGGCUAUUCGGAUUGCAUCCUGUAGCUACUAUCUGAUGGUCGUGCUGUUUACCUUUAGAGAGAUUCGACUUAUAAAAAAAUAUGGUUUUUGUAAAUAUAUCGGCAAUGUGGUCAAUUUAGCGGACUUUACGUGCUAUGUGUGUUCAUACAUAAUGCUGUUGAUCCACGUGAUACGAUCCUUCUAUCAUAACAACAUCAUGGAUAUUGUGAAGACAUCCGAUAGGUAUAUUAAUCUUGACUGGGCUUCUGCACUUGCCGUCGUAUACAAUAAUAUUGCUGCAAUUACCAUAUUUUUGGCCUGGAUUCGUAUAUUGACCUUUUUGGUCUUUAAUCGGACAAUGGUUAUAUUUGUGAAUGUCGUCCGUGAGAGCACCAGCGAAAUGGUUGGCUUUCUUUUAAUGUUCUUUGCCAUGUUAAUGGCCUACGCAGAGUGUGGCAGGGCUUUGUUUGGGGACAAAGAUGAACAGUUUUACAAUCUAGAAUCUUCAAUACUGACCAUGAUGCGAUGGGUCGUGGGCGACUCCAUGUACGAUAGUUUCAAGAUGAAAGAGCUGAAAGCCGGGAUUUAUUACAUGUCAUUCGUGAUUAUUGUGUAUGCCUUGCUGCUGUUCGCCUUCCUGGUCAUCAUCAACUGCACGUACGAUGAGAUCCAAUCCUCUAUGCAGACCCGGGCCUCCAAAUUGGGUCUUCUCAUUCGUUUGUUCUUCCGGAGUCUAUACGAUCUGCUCUACUUCAUCUUCUGUGGUAAGCGGAAGAAACGCGCAAAAGACGACGAAGACUUGAAGAGUGAACUGGCCUCCGAUCAGCGCAUCGAUCCCCAAGAGGCAGCCGAGCGGGCUGCCAUGCGCCGGCAGUUGCUCCAAAAUCCGGUCACCCUGUCACAGUCCGAAUACCUGCCCAGGCGCAUGGAAUGUGCUGCAAAACGCGUUAAAGCUUUGGAAGAGGUAACUGGCCCAGUGCUGAAGCGCCUCAUUAACUAUUAUUAUUCGUUGCGCCGCGAACAAGGCUUGCCAAGAGUAAACAUAGAUAUUUCUGACCUGAGAGGAGGAGCGCUUAGCCCAACAUUUUUUUGAGAUAAUUCAGAAUUCUUAAAAUAUUAUUCUUCUAAUAAAAAUAUACUUACAAAUUUA